AUGACUUCUAUGUUUGAUCAGUUCGAACAAGCAGCUAUGAAUACUAAACACACACUUGAUCCAGAAUUGUGUACAGCAGGUUUUAUAAACAUGUCUCUGGAACCUGAGCUACCAAUUUUUUCCAAGAGCAAAAAGGAUUUUUCUCCUUCAGAAAAAAUAACCCAUGUAGCCAUUGCUAAUAAACAUUUGGUGAUUUUUAUGUCAAAUUGUGUGCUUUUUCGUAUGAAUCUCAAUAAUCCACAGCAAACAUCAGAGAUCUCACUAUCGAAGUAUACAACUACCUCUAAGCUUACCAAUCUGUUUUUGGAUCCAACUGGAAACCAUUUACUUUUAACUUUCCUUUCCAAAGUUCCUGAUGGUGGUCCAGAGUUACUGUAUUUAUCAAAAAAGCUAGAUAAAGUAAGGACUACACCUAAAUUUAGAGGCAAUGACUUUACAGCUGUAGCUUGGAAUCCACUGAAUGAAUCUGAGAGUACUACUGGACCUAUUCUGUUAGGUACUUCUAAAGGGUUAAUAUUUGAAACUGAAAUUGCUCUUGAAGGAGACAAGUUUUUUGCAUCCAGUUUUUCUUCUAGCUUGGAACAAUACUGGAGACAGCUACCAAAUUAUUUACCACUGUAUGGAAACAAGGAUGAUGAUGGCUUGGUUUUUGACAUUGGAAAAGGGCAAAACAACCCAAUACAAGGACUAGAAUUUUUCAGGAUUCCUGGCACUGACAAGUUUGUCAUAAUUGUAGCCACUCCUUCAAAACUGUAUUACUUUUCCAGUUCAGUUAAUAUUGCUGAAAAGCCAGUAUUACAGCAAGUUUUCAACAAAUACUUAAAUGUGCCCGAAGCUCAGACUUUCAUGGAAUGCCACAGUGACAAAAAGUUUUCAAAAUUGCAAUUAUGGUCUGAAAAUUUAACCACACCUAAUUCUUUUGCUUGGGUAACCAGUGAGGGGAUAUCGUUUUGUCAGAUUGACCUUGCUAUAGACUCAAUAAAAUCUAUUGAGUCAAAAACCAACUUGAUCCCAUACCCAAAAGCACUUUAUGAUGAUUCAACUCCACAAAAAUACCCCCUAGCAGUAGCUUUAACCCAGUUUCACAUUCUUCUAGCCUAUACAGACUCAGUCAAAGGAGUAUGUCUUUUCAACCAGGAGGUAGUGUAUGAAGACAACUAUAACGAGGCAUUUGGUAGACUGGUAAAUUUGGUUAAAGAUGUGAGAACGGGUGACAUUUGGGCUAUAACAGAAAAUUCUGUGUUUAGGUUUAGAGUAACUCGCGAAGAGAGAAAUAUAUGGCAGAUAUUUUGUAAUAAUGAAGAGUUCGAAUUGGCUAAGAAGUAUUCUCGAGGGAACUUGCAAUGCUAUAAUCAUGUCUUGAUAAAGGAAGCUGAUAAGUUGUUUGGGGAUCAGAAAUAUGAGCUCAGUGCUCAAAGAUAUGCAGAGACUGAGAGUAGCUUGGAGGAGAUCUGCCUGAAGUUCAUCGAAGCUAACCAGCAUAAUGCUUUGAAACUAUUUUUGAGGUGUAAAUUGGACACACUAAAACCACAAGAUAAGACCCAAAUUACUAUGAUAGUCAUUUGGGUCAUGGAACUGUAUUUGGUAAAACUGGAACAGAUGCGUCUAGCAGGGUUAGAACAAUCGGCAGCAUAUGCAGACUUGCAGAAGGAGUUUGAUGUAUUUUUAGCCUUAGACGAAAUCUCAAAUUGCAUUAAAAACAAUAAAGGCACUGUUUAUAACCUAAUGAGUAGUCACGGAGAUAAAAAUAACGUCUUAAAACUGACUAUACUCAACAAAAACUUUGAACAGAUAAUUCAGCAACACAUCUUCAAAAACAACUUCCACGACGCUCUGGACGUUCUCAAAAGCCAAAAGAACUACGAGCUUUACUAUCAGUUCACCCCAAUUUUGAUUCAAGAAAUACCGAAAUACAUGAUCAAGGUACUAAUAGAACAAGGCAGGAAGUUGGUACCAUUGAAACUUUUACCUGCGAUGGUUACCUGUAAUAGCGAACUGCACGCUAGGGAAAUCGUUAAAUAUCUUGAGUUUUGUAUUGACAAACUAAAGAAUACCGACAAAGCUAUUCAUAACUUUUUAAUUUCGUUGUAUGCUAAAUAUGACUCAGAUAUGCUGAUGAAGUAUUUGAACAAAUGCGAUGCUGAGAUGUUGAAAUAUAUGAAUACGCAAGGUCAGAAACUCACAAUGGUAAAUUUUGACAUACAUUACGCUUUAAGAUUGUGUCACGAACACGAUCAUAAAAGAGCCUGUGUUCAGUUGUAUGGCUUGCUGGGCAUGUGGAAAGCUGCUGUCGACUUGGCGCUGACCAUUGAUGUGGACUUAGCUAAAAAGAUGGCUAAUAUGUCACCCGAAGAUGAUGUCGAAUUGAAGAAGAAGCUUUGGCUAAAAAUUGCUGAAUACGUGUUCAAAGACAAAGAAGACGUAGGAGAGAUGAUCGACUUCUUACAACAGUGUGAUCUCAUCAAGAUAGAAGAUAUUUUGCCCUUUUUUCCAGAUUUUGUUACUAUUGACUACUUUAAAGACGCUAUUUGUAGUUCCCUCAAGGAAUACAACCAGCACAUUCAGAACUUGAAGGACGAAAUGGAGGAAGCGACCAAAUCUGCAGAGCAGGUUAGAGAAGACAUCGAAACAUUUAGAAACCAUCGCACGAUCAUCAAUACUACAGAUACUUGCGAAGUGUGCAACAAAACGUUGUUAAUAAAACCUUUUUAUAUGUUUCCUUGCCACCAUAGGUUUCACAGUGACUGCCUCUUAGCUGAACUGUCACCAUUUCUGGGUCCGGCAAAAAGAUAUAGACUAAUGGAUUUGGAUAAGCAGUUGCAAUCUUACAAUAACCAAAUAAAUAUUGACACUAUAAGCACCGGCUCGACCGGAUUGUCCGCUAAAGAUCAAAUCAAGCUAGAAAUCGAUAAUAUUUUAGCAUCUGAGUGUUUGUAUUGUGGAGAGAAUAUGAUUAGAAAUAUAGAUAAGCCGUUUAUCGAAGAUCACGAAUACGAAACGAUUAUGAAGGAAUGGGAAUAA